CUGAAAUAACACUGGUCAACAGAAAACUAAUAGAAGAAGUUAACUUAACAAAUUUAAUUUACAAAAUACCUAGGGUAAAUUUAGUGGGCGCAAACAAACGGACAUUGGCAACUAUAAAUGAAGGCAUACGAGUAAUGGUACGACUGGGUAAGAAUAUGUGUGCACUACAAUGUGUAAUAAUGCCAAACAUGUCACAUGACAUGAUAGUAGGAGUUGACGAAUUGGCAGAAAAACAUGUAGUGAUAGAUUUUAAAAAUAAUACGAUGAAACUAACAGAAGAAAAAGAAGAAGAACAGGACAAGGAACAUGAGGAACAAAAUACGGACGAAUCAGGUAAAGAACAAACAGUGGAAAUGAAUUUGGCAACGAAGCAAGGACAAAGAAGAAAAAGGAGAAAAGGUCAGAAAAAGAUAAAAGAAAAUAAAACCUGGGAUUCCUCAAAAGAAGAGACGAGCUCAGGAGAAGAAGAAAUAAAGCUAACAAAUGAAAGUGAAAAGAAUAUGAUUGAAACAGUGGUAUUUGAAGAGGAGGUAUAUGCAAACGAGGAUGCAGAAUGCACGGUAAACAUAUGUGAAGAAUCUGAGGAAAAAGACAGAACUGCAUAAAGUAGAUAGUAAGUUAGGGUAUAAGACAAAGC